AUGUCCGGCCAGACGGUGCUGACGGCGGAAGAUGUGGACAUCGACGUGGUGGGCGAGGGGGACGACUGCAUGGAGGAGCGGGACAGCGGCGGCGGCGGCGGCGGCGGCAGCGACCUGGAGGCCGGCGGCAGCCCCGGCGGUGCUUUGGGUAGGCUGCCCGCCACGCUGGCCUUGGACGAGGCGGCCGAGCUGCUGAUGGCCAAAGAGUCGGCGGAGAUGAGCUCGGGCAGCAGCAGCAACGGCGGCGGCGGCGGCGGGAGCCCCGUCGAGGAGAAGGGAGGCGAGGAGGGCUCGGCGCCGUCCGCGGCGGCGGCGGUGGCGAGCGCUGCGGCUGCUGCCUCCAGCGGCGGCAAGCCCAAGAGCAGCCUGGUGAAGCCGCCCUACUCCUACAUCGCGCUGAUCACCAUGGCCAUCCUGCAGAGCCCGCAGAAGAAGCUGACGCUGAGCGGCAUCUGCGAGUUCAUCAGCAACCGCUUCCCUUACUACCGGGAGAAGUUCCCGGCCUGGCAGAACUCCAUCCGCCACAACCUCUCGCUCAACGACUGCUUCGUCAAGAUCCCCCGCGAGCCGGGCAACCCGGGCAAGGGCAACUACUGGACGCUGGACCCGCAGUCCGAGGACAUGUUCGACAACGGCUCCUUCCUGCGCCGCCGCAAGCGCUUCAAGCGGCACCAGCAGGAGCAGCUCCGCGAGCAGACGGCGCUCAUGAUGCACAGCUUCGGCGCCUACAGCCUGGCCGCCGCCGCCGCCGCGGCCGCCGCCUCUUCCUCGGGGCCCUACGGCCGCGCCUACGGCCUGCCCCACGGCGCCUACCCGCACCCGGCCGCCCUGCAGUAC